GUUAGGUUUAAUUUAAUAACCUCACUUCUUCCUAAUUUAUGCCCCAAUUUAUCGCCUUCUUAUGAUCAUAAUUAAACUUGAGCGAUGAUGUUUAGGGCUUUGGAGAGACGCUGAUUCCUUCAUUUAGAAAGCCUCAGACUUGGGGAUCGAUCACGUUCCUUUUCGGCGCCUUUUGGGAAUCUUUCUCCGAUUCAUGGAUUUUGAUAGUGACACUGAUUAUGAUUCUUUCUUAUAGUGAGAUUGCUGCUAGGUUUUGGGCGGCGGCGGUGGAGGAAUCGAGGACAGUGUGAGCUUGGUGGUUUUGGUGGAAGGAACUAGGGUUAGGGUUUUCGAGGGAUUGUGAGCGUGUUUGAUAUGAAGAAGAAAUUAAAGAAUGGGGUCGGGUUAUCAAGGAGAUCACUGAUCACUGCGUUGCUGCCAUGCUAUGGAGCGCCCGCUAAGGGGCCAUUAUAAUUUCGAUCGGCAGGGGGAGGGCUUGCAAAAUGAAUAGUUUCUGAUUAAUGAAAUAACUAGUCUCAGUAGGCCAUGGGUAUGAAAGAAGUUUUCAAAAAUAUGUAUACACGUCGUGUAUGCUUUAAUGUAUGGAAAUAUUGACACAACAGAAACCCAUAAUUAGAUACAUAUGUUUAUGAGCCUUCCAUGAGAGGAUAUUUUCCCAUGUGGAAAUGACGAUUCUAUUGUUUAUCUCUACUAUACACACUUAUGCACAUAUAUUUGUUGAUUCUUCAAGCAUUGCUUGGAGAAUGGUAGUUCCCAUUUUAAGUCUGGCAAAUUAUGUGAAACUUUUUGAUGAAUGUGUCACCGUUCUCUCUCAAAAGGUAUUGUCAACCACUUUUUGAUGCAUGGCACACCUACAUGUCUCUGUCAAAUUGUCGAUAUAUAUGAUGUCAUUUCUUGUUAUUUUUCUUUGAGCAAAUCUAAGAACAAUCUUAGGUAAAAUUUUUCUUCAGUACGAGAGACGAUAUUGUGUUACUGAUCUAUUUGCAAUGAUUAGUCCUGUGGUUUUAUUCUUAUCCUUGCCCCUCUACUAGGCUGAGAAGGAAGUAGCGUGUCAUUCCUUCCCUUGCGAUCCUUGUUUGCUUACCAAUUUUUUCUAGCCCAUAGGUUGAUUUCAUGCUUUCUUUGCUUACCAACUAAGAAGCGCAAAAGAGUAGCUAUCUACUCCAUACCAAUUGACAUUUAUGCAUUGAAGCACAUAUGUCAUACAAUACGCUUAACACAUGCAGUCACCUUCUACUCGUUAUUUUUGUAGGGAUCCACUUCCAUGAUAGUAUAUAUCCAUAUUCACCAACAAACAUCUUUAUCAUACAAUAUGUUCAUUUCCUUCCAUAAGGUUAAGGAAGAGCUGAGGUUAGGCUGCUUGAAAGUAGCAUAAAUGCUUUCAGAAGCUUCUGUCUGUUUUUUCAAGUAUGCUUUCAAAGCAAUACUUGCUGUUUUCUUUUAAUGGCCUCCUUCCUGCUUGGAUAUUCUACCAUAGGAGCUAGAGGUUUGAAGCUUGCUAUGGCGGUCAAGCACCAUCUAUGGAAGGAUUUUGAAAUACUGUGAGUUUAUGAAAAGAUUUGAUACUAGACACAUGUGAUGAUUGAUCAGCAUGAUUUCAGAUGGAUCCAUGGCUUCAUGCAUUGGAAGGGUUUUGUUAGCUUCUGGGUUUCCUUCUUUGUUUCCUAAAAAUUAUAAUGACGAGGAAGAUCAAACAGUUGCCUAAACUUGCAAAAUUGUGUGUUUUUUAGACUUUGCAGCAGGUAAAUUGAGGAGAAUAUAGAGUUUCUAAAUUACCAAUUUUGACAUAAAUGGCUGACUGCUGAGUUAAUUUUAACUAAAACUGUUCAUUUGGUUACAUAUAUGGUUGUUUUUCUGUGUCAUUCUUACUACUGGAUUUUGGAGGUUGAAGUUCCUCGAAAGUCAAAGAUUCAAGUGUACCUAAUAGUGUAGAAUUUUUUUACACAGUAUGUAUCAAAAAAUAACAUUUUCUUUUCAGUAAAAACGUGUUACGUAACACUGUAUUUGCUAAUAUAUAAUUGAAACAUCAUGACCGGCCAAAGGAGCAUUAAAUAUCAACAAUAUUUCACCUUAAGUGGGCUGUUAGAGAAAUAUUAUAAAGGAGACAUGAUCUACUUGAGAUGUUUUCUGGUAUAUCUUGAGGAAGAAGAGUAAUAGACUGUAUGAUAUGCAAAGCGAGAAAUGUAAGCUGUUAAGCUGUUCAUGUAAUUCAAGUUCUUUCAGAUUACAAAUGGAGGAAGCUGCUGCAAUAUAAGUUUAGAUACUAGGUGACAUGUAAACAUGUGAAUCUACCUUGGGACACUUGCGCUAUUAUUUGUGAGAUGCCUAUAAAGCUAUGGUUCCUUGGUACUUCUAUUAGGAAGCCGUACACCUGCCGCAUAUGUACCCGUACCCCUACCCAAAGCUCUUGGACACUUCUUGAAUAUAGGCAUAUAUUUGUUCUGGCCUAUGCUCGAUUAUCUAAUACAUGUUUUAAUUUAAAACACUCCCCGUACACUUCUUCGAUGUAUAUUCUACGCAUCUAUUUCUUAUAUAUUGAUAUUAUGUAAAUUAAAAAGCAAUGUUGAUCUUAUGUAAACUAUUAAUUUAGUAUAUAUAAAUAUGCAUAACAUGCACAUAUAUAGGCACGUCCCCAUGCCCUAAUUUUUACAAAUUUGUCGUGUCCUGUACCCUUACCCAUACCCAUUCAACCUAGCUAUAAAGUAUAAACAUUAGUGGUAGUACAAAACUUUUUUAUCAGAUAGAACUCUUAGUAUCCAUGUUAUUAACCUUAAGUUCAUACCUGGAAUUAACCUCUUUUGGUAACAGGUAACUUUAAUUCAUAAAUGGUUUUAUGAAAACUAAUUUCGUCCAAUGGAAGAAGUUGCUGUCCAUUCCGGUAUAUGACUAUGUGAAGUCAGACAUUAUGGAUUAUUUCUUUACCAUGCACUUUUUGUCUUCCCAUUAUUCUUUCUCAGAACUAAUCGUUUCCGCAGAUCCUAUAAGCACAUUUUUAAUCUUGAUUCUAGGUACAGUCACAAAACUUUAUAGAAGGUAAAGCCAUAAAGGUUCAAAUGUACUCUUUUAUUUUCUCGAAGUAUUUAAAUUGAGCUCAUGAACCAUGAACCUGCUAUCUAAAUUCAUUCUUACGCCUUUAAUCAGGGUUCACUGAUGCUGCUGAAAAUGGUUUUGGUUGGAAAUAUGUGCAAGGCUAAUAACAAAAAGAAUUUUAGGAAAGAAAUGCUGUUGGUUAUCUUUUUUCCAGAAUAACCAGUCGCACCUCACCUUCAGAGUAGUUGAUACAUUGAAUUUGAACUUCUUGACUUUAGGAAACUUUAGCUGGUAUGGGAAAUGUCCCUGAGACGGUGUUCAAUUAGAAUCUGCAGAGUAUUAUACGGAUUUGGUUGAGACUGUAACUUUUUUUUUUUAUCCAUGUCCAAUUCAAACUUUUUCCUGCUACAUGUUUUAAGAAAACUUCUUCAGGUUCUAAUUUCCUUUUCAUCUUAUAGGCUACUUAAACGUUCAGUGCACUGUUAACAAUGAGUAUGCUUGUUUGCUUGAUAAUCAUAGUAUGCGUGUAGAAUGACUAACUUUCUCUAACAUGUUAAUCACAUCACCAACACAUAACAGCUAUCUCGUAGUCAUUACGUUUUGCAUGGAUCCAUUUCCAUGAUAUUAUAUGGUCACAUUCACCAAUAACAUAUGAUUAUACACUAAUCAUUCCUUCAAUGAGGGCAUUUUGACAAUCAGAAAGUAAUUGAAAGUAGACUAAAAAUUGGAAAGUGACCCUACUUUCUAUUUUUUUCCCCUGUUUAGUAAAUGGAAAGUGAUUGGAAAGUGAAUAAAAAGUGGAGGGUGUCAUGUCAGCAUUUUCAACCAUUUUCACUUUCUCAAUUUUUUUAAGAAUUUGAAUGGUAUGUGAAGAGGGGGAGAAAUUAGUUUCCCCCCCUUUCUCUGUCCUUAUCAUUUAGUUUUAAUUGUUUACUUUAUGCUAUUCACUUUCCACAGUAACCAAACAAAACAUGAAAACAAUGAAUGCCAAUUCACUUGCCAUCUCCAAUUUCUAUCUUUCUAUCAUCUAAACAAAAAUUUUGCAAAUAGAAAGCAAUGCCUGUUAAAUUUUCACUUUCCAUUUACUUUUUGGUUACCAAUCGUCCCAUAAGGUUAUGUAAGAAUUAAAGUUAGGUUAUCUGGAAGUGGCAGAGUAAUAGAAGCUUCCUCCUUGUAAUAUACUGUCAAAAGUAUUAUGUUCUUUUCUAUCUCUUACUGUUACUAAUCUCUUUAACUCCAGGGCAUAUCCUUCAGCUAGAGGAUUUGAAGUCUGGUAUGGUCAUCAAAUACCUUUUGUGGAAGACGUUUGAACUAUUCCGAGUUCAUGUAAAGAUUUGACAGUGGAAACAUGUUAUUGUUGAUCAGCCUGAUUUCAAAUGGUUCAUGGAUAGGGCAGGUUUCACUAGAUUCUAAUUUUUUUUUUCUUUGUUUCCUAAAAAUUAUAAAUACUAAAGAGAUCACGUAGCUGUUGCAUCAACUUGGAAAUUUUUGUGUGUUUUUAGACUUGCAGUAGAAAAUUUGAUGAGAAUGUACAGUUUCUAAAAAUGCAAUUAUGAUGAAAUGGCUUACUACCGAGUUCGUUUUAAUUAAAAACAGUUCAUUUUUUGUUAGAUCUAUGGUUGCGUUUGUGGCAUAUUUACUCCUGGAUUAUAAAAGUUAAAGUUGAAAGGCAAAAAUUACAGUAUUAACUACUCGUGCAGAAUUUCUUGUACAGGGCAUGUCGUAAAAGUAUCAUACGUUAUUCAACAUUGUAACUGAUAAAAUAUAAUAGAAAUAUCAUGACAGCCUGAAGGAGUAUAUAUCAAUGUUAAUUUACCUUUAUUAUCUUUUGUUGGGCUUUGGAAGAAGAGUUACGAAGGAGAUUUGAUCUACGUAGAAUGUCAGCUAGACAGUUUUGCAGGAGAAGACUAAUAGAGUUCAUGCUACGAACUAGAAAAAAGUGGGUCGUUUAUGUGAUUUUGUUUCUGUUCUCUUCAACUUAGUAUCUGUUAUUUCAGGAGGGCGCUGGAGCAAUCUAAAUUGAAUAGGAGCUAAGUGACAUGUAAACAUGUGAAAUGUGAAGCUACCUCGGGACUCCGGGGGAGUUUCUUGUCAGAUGGCUAUAAAUUAUAAACCUUAGUUUCUUUACUGAAUGAUAAUAUAGAAAUUAUUAUCAGAUUGAACAUGUUGGAUCCCUUUCAUUAUCUUAAGUUCAUAACUGGAUUAACCUCUAUCAGUAAUUCUAUUCAUAGACGAUUUUAUGAAGACCAAUUCUAUUUACUGCAUGAGGUUACUGCCCUUUAUAUGACUAUGCAAAAAAGGGCAUCAGGGAGUAUUUCUUUAACUCUGCAGUUUUUUCUUUUUCCUUCCGCUGUUCUUUCUGAGAACAAUUGUUUCUGCACCUCCUAUAAGCAUCUUAAGUCUUCUUUUUAAAAUCUUGAUCUAUAUGUGGUAACAAAAACAUGUAAAAGGUAAAGGACUGACCAGAGACAUUUAAUCUUUCAUUUUCAGGAAGUACUUAAAGUUUUAAACUAACCUUAUGAAUCGUGAAGCUGCAACCUAAACUCAUUUGUUUGACUUUAAUAUAGUUGGCAGAGGCUUUUAAUAUGGGUUUUAGUGAGAAAUAUGCCAAAGGCUAAUAUUGAAAUUCCUUUCGAGGAAAGAAAUGCUGCUGAUUUUCCCCCCUGAAAUAUCUGUUGUGUCUCACCUUCGAGAAGCUGAUGCAUUGAUUUUCAGUUUUUUAGUUUCAAGAAUUUUUUGUUAGAAUGAGAUUAAAUGUCUCUGGUCAUUAAUUAAAUCUGUAGAGUAUUAUAUGUCCAAUUCAAACUCUCAUUUAUUUUCCUCGUGAAGCCACGUGUUCAUUUUACAUGGACAUUGCCGAAAAGGGAAAGUACUUUUCCUCUCACGACAAUCAUCCCCCCUGUCCCUGUUCUUCAUUUACCAGGGGUUUUCAGUCUGGACUGUUCCUUCAACAGUCUGCAAACAAGAGAGGAGCCAUGGAGGAGAAGGAUUUCAGAUUGAUGAAGGGUAAAGAUCUGCGAUCUCUUUAUGAGAAAGAGGGUAUCCCUGCUAACACUAGCAACUCCAAGAUGGUUGAAGCUCUUUGUCAGGUACGACAGAGGCCUUGGGCUGAUCUGCCAAAGGAGAUACUUGAUCUCUUUCUGCAGCAGCUUAGCCUCGGUGAUCAUAUCCGCUUUGGUGCUGUCUGCAAAACUUGGAGAUCAGCAUCCAAAGACAAACCCCACCGCCGUGCACUCAAAUGGCCAUGGCUGGUGCUCCCUCAGAUUGAAGACAAACUAAGCCUCUACAGCCCAAUGGAGGCUCAAACCCACGACCUUAACAUAUCUAUUUCCCCUGGUUUUGAAUGCCUUGGCCAUUCAAUGGGGUGGUUAGUAAUUUAUAACGAAUCAAAAGACUAUUACCUUUUAAACCCCUUGAAUAAUCAAACCCUUGAGCUCCCUUCUUCCCAUUGUGACUUUUUACACAGUCCUUCUCAAGACAAUUCGGAUGGCGUUCCUGAGUUUAGCAAUGACCAUCAUCAGAACAUGCUAGAAUUUGAUAACCCUCAUAUCAACUCUGAGACUGACGGUGAUAGUGAAAGUGAUUAUGAGACUAACAGUGAAAAUAGUUCUGAUUUUAGCGACAACGAUCAUCAGUACAUGCAAGAAUUUGUUAACCCUCAUAUUUAUUCUGAUAGCGAUAGUGAUGGUGAAGAUGGUUAUGAGGAUAAUGGUGAAAGUGGUUCUGAUAAUGAGGUUGCUGAUGAUUUGGGUGACGAUGACUACAGAUUUUUUCAGUGGGCUAUCGUGUUUGAUAUCCCUUAUUCUCUGGGACUAGCAGCUCUAGCUCGGUCCGGCGGGUUGUACAUGUGUAGACCUGGAGAUGAAGAGUGGCUCGUGUUAAUUGAAAACUUUACUGGAGCAUGUGCAUGCUAUCGGGGGUCAUUAUAUUGCGUAGGUUUGUUUCAAUGGAGCAAUGUAGUUAUGUGUUACUCCCUUUCUGACAUAGAACCCAUAUUUCUUUGGCGAAAAACCAUAUCACUGCCAGAAGUAUGCACUGAACGUCCAUCUGAAACUUAUCUGGUUGAAUCUAAUUCAGGAGACCUACUCCUUGUAGUGAGAACUGUAGAUAUCAUUGAUAAUGAAAACCAUAAUGUAGGCACCACUGGGUUUCACCUGUUCAGGCUAGAUCAUGCCUCUGAUAAGUGGGUACAAAUAAAGAGUUUACAUAAUGAGGUCCUGUUUGUGAGUUCUUCCGGCGAUUCCUGUGCAAGGGCUUUCUUUGCUGAUGACCCUUCUGGAUAUAAAGCAAACCAUAUAUACUUCACAGAUACUGAUGCAGGAAUUCUCUUGAGAGGCGAUAACCCUAAUCGAUAUUACGAUCAGGGUGUCUUUUCUUUAGAAGAUGGAGGGAUUGUGCAAUCUCCUAAACUUGACUCUUACCGUUUAAGCAACACUCCCUUUUGGUAUUACCCAAAAGUGUAACUAUGCU